AUGAUAUCAUGCAUUGGUGCAGUUAAAGUCUUUGACUAUUUCUUCUUUGUGUUCUACAGAUUCUCCAAAGCUAAUGAUCAGAAUAUUCACCCACUGCUGAACUGUCAGUCUUGCAUCAGUAUAGUAGAUUCUGAUCAGUGGGUUCAGACGGAGCCGUCGAUCUGUACAGAUGAAGACAUGUCAAAGUUCAGGGUCAGCACUGAGCCAGGCCGCUACGAGUGUAUCAGGACCAGAAUGCGAUGGGUCUGUGACUGUGACGUCACCCUUCAGUAUCAUGUCGUAGACCCUCGGUUCCUCAAUCUGCAGUGUAACCGAGUUGGUCCAGUGAUUGAUGUGACGGUGAUCUCAGGAGAACUGGAAGAAGUUCAUCUGCCCCACUGUGUCUGUUUAGGAAAUGAUGAUCCCUCUCUCAAAGAUGCUGUGAAAGCCCUCAGCAUAAAAGAUGAAGGAACAUAUGAAGAGCCUGUUCAGUUGACCCGAUUUCAUGCUAAAAUUGUCCACCCAUCAUUCUAUCUAAAAACAUUAAUUAUAAAUUGGAUAAUGUCAUGGAAUGCACACUGUGAUCUUCUUAUGUUCAUGUCUCGUAUAGAUCCCCUCAUUCUACAUGUCUACUUUUUUCCAUUUGAUGAUCAUUUUAAAAAUGCUGUGGAGGAAAAAGAAAAAUCAAGCUAUCCAAUCGAGCAUCCCAGACCUGACAAGCCAUUUAGGAUGAAAACAGCCCACUUCCUUAAUGUUCCUGGUGCCUCUGUCCAUCCCAAAGAAUGGAUCACACUGAGAAGAGACUUCAUCCCAAAUUUCUUCAAGGUCAAGACGCGUCUGGAGAAUGAUCUUGAAAUGACUCUCAUCAGAGAUGAGGAACAAAACACUGUCUGGACUGCAGUAAUUGAGAAAGAUGAACUUGAUCAGAUCAAUCCAAAGAAAGAUGAGCUGAGACUGCCUCAGAGUGAUAAGGAUAAAGGCAUUUUUGAUAAGAAUUAUGCAGAUCUCAUUCAGAGAGUAACAAAUGUUAAGAUCAUUGCCGAUCAACUGCUUCAGCAGAACAUGAUUCACCAGGAACUAUAUUCUCAAAUCACACAUGAAACAUUAACCAGUGCAGACAGUAUGAGAAAGCUCUGUUCAGACAUUCGCCACAGAAACAUUGUCACAGAGAAAGCAAAAUUAAUCACAAUUCUUAAAAUGAGAAGCUUUAUGACUGAUUUUACAUCUGUCUGAUUCCAGAAAAGACUUUUCUGCUGAUUAUACAGGGAAAUAUUUAUACAUAAAAUAUAUGAUUUGGAUCUGGCUCUUGUUCUUAAAACUACAAGCACUCGUCUCUGGGAAACUCAACUAUAUUUGGUCUAUUCUGGAGUUACACAGAGUGGAUAUCUCUUCUCCUGGUCCCCAAUAUACCAGCCUGUUGCAUUGGUACUUCGAUAUAGUGCCUCAGAACUUCUUACGUUUUGUUUCCAGUCUCUAAAGUACUGCGAAAUUUUUAAGCUUUAAUACAAAAAAAAAAAAUACAGUCACCGUGGGUCAAUACAGAAUAACAGUUUUGAUGAUUCUAAUGCCAUAAUAUGUUUCAUGUUCAUGUCUUUUUCAAAAUAAAAACUAAGACAUGAGGUCAAAAGAACUGCCAGGAGAGCCCUGAGACAGGAUUGUAUCAAGAUACAGAUCUGGGGAAGACUUCUGCUGUUCUGAAGGUUCACAGAAGUAUGUAGCCUCCAUAAAUCCUUAAUGAAAGAGGUUUGGAGCCACCAGAUCUCUUACUUGAGCUGAACUUCUAUCCAAACUGAGCCAUCGAUGGAGAAGGGUCUUGGAUUGAGCGGUCACCAAGAAGUUGAUGAUCACUCUGGUUGAGCUCCAUGAUCAUAUAUGUAGACGGCAGAAACUUUCAGAAGGACUAACAUCACUACAACACUCCACCAAUCUGGGCUUUAUUGCAGAGAGUGGCCAGACGCAAGCCAUUGGUCAGUGAAGACACAUGAAAACUUGAAAUAUGUAAAAACGUACUACAACUAAUCUUAUAAACUGUCAGAAACAAGAUUCUCUGGAAAUCUUAGUUUCAUGCAUCAUAUCUGGAGAAAACCAGGCACUGAAUAACAUCUCUGAUGUAUUACAUGCAGCACAAGCAGCAGGGAUGACCGCAGGAUUUUGGAUUUGGGGUUUUCAUGAGUUAAGUUGGGUUCUGAACCAAGUGGAAGUACAGUAUACACAGUAAGUAUUGUGUGUUGAAUUAUAACUUCUACCAGAACCAUUCAAAAUUGUGUCAGUUUAAGUCAUAAAGUGGAUUAAAUGUGUUUUUAACAAAUAAUCAAUCUUAGACUUUAUAUCAGCUCUUUAGAAAUGAAGCUCUGACAAUCAGAUUCUUAGAUCAAAACAAUCUUUCAUUUAUUCUGAAAUGUAAUGCCAUCAAAUGCUGAAAGACUGACAAACCCUGCUUUGUGAAUUUUUAUUUAUGAAAGAACUCUAUAUUUUGAUUGAUUGUUUAUCAUACUAUUUAUUGUGUUCUCUUAUAACUUUAUUCACAAUAAUUAAAUUUAAGAAUUUUUUUCUCUGUUGCUUGUACAAAAAGAAGAUGUUUCUGAUUCUUUAAAUGACAUGUACACUUGUUCGUAUUUGUAAUGUAAGUGUGAGUGUAAUACUGUUUUUCUUUCUUACACAACUGUGAUUGUGACAAACCCAUCACCUGUCGGAGAGAGACACUCAAGUUUCUCAACAUGUACUGCGUUUUGAGGCUUCUUAAAGUGAUUGUUUUAAAAGACAUUAAUGGAUUACCUUGAAAACCCUUGUUAAAAUAUAUAUAUGCCUGUAAAAAAUACUUUAUACAGCA